AUGGUAGACGAUGGUUCCCCCGUAAGCACUUCCCCCGUGAGCACUUCCCCCACCAGAAGAUCCGAUUCAGAAGAGGCACCACGCAGACUACCUUUAUGGUACGUGAUUUUCGUGCUCUUCUUGACAGUAGCUGUGACACUCACAUAUGUCUGCGUCCCGUACGUCGUCUGGCGUCGUCUCCACGAUUGCGAUGGACCCUCCUGUCUGUCCUUGAAGCGCGACCUACGGAUUUCCAUCAACCUAUCAGCGGAUCCCUGCUACAACUUCUACGACUACGUCUGCGGUGGGUGGCCCACGGCAGCAAAAAGUUUCUCGACGCCCGUUGACAAGUACGAGAGCUACAUCUCCGACACUGUUCUCAAGACUCUGAUUCUCAAAUCCGGCGUCAGGCUUGGCGACAAACAACGUGACUCCCGCGCGAAGGCAGCACGUUUCCUGUUAAAGUGUGGAGGACAAACAGACCAGGAGGAUGACCUCCGCUCUUUCUUGCGCAGCGUCAACCUCAAUUGGCCGGACAGAUCUGUCGCGUCACGUCUUGAUGCCAUUGACACCAUGGUGGGUGCGUCUCUGGACUACAGCGUAUCAGCCAUCUGGUCCUUCUUUAUAGGCAGGCAUCCAGUGAACGCCGAUGCUAAUGUUCUCUACUUCACGCUCGAUGCUAAAUUCCAGCAGUGGAUAACCCAUCUGGAGGUGUUAAGUAAGAGCAAAAACAGCUACCGCUAUAUUCGACGGUGCGCGGAGACGAUUGGUGGAAAAGGACGGUCGUACGAGCGUAUGAUAUCCGACGUAUUCGCCAUCCACGAGAACAUCAAAAUGGAUUUAGGCCUGCACGUAAGCGUGUACGAGCCCAAGUAUAUGAACUUGUCGGAUGCCGACAUGCGCAUCGCUCUGAACCGUCACUUGCCGGACAGUUCACAGAUGUGGCCCAGCGAUGAGAUCGUCAUUUUUCAACCAUUCAUGUGGAGAAAGUUUGACAAGAAUUAUCUCAAGAAUUCCGAUGCCGUUUCGACCUUUAAACUUUACAUCGGUGCCUACCUGGUUUGGUACCUGUCACCUUUCACUUCGACCUACCUCACGGACAGUUUAAUGGACGACAUGAACGUGCCGUACAAUUCUCAAAAGUUCGUCAAUUUUCGUUGCAUCGAAGCGAUUAUGGGACUCAUGCCCCUGGCCCUAUGGAAGAGUGACAUCGACUACGUCAGUAAACCGCAAGAAAUUUUCGAAGUGUUCGACGAGAUCAAGGACUACGUCAUCGAGUUCAUCCGUCCCGUUAGCCCUUCGGCCGCGACUUAUGUUGAAAGCCUGUUGUCAUCCCUCUCAAUCAACGCGUACAACUUGAGCAUACCGUGGGAGAACAUCGACAAGGCUUAUUAUUUCAUACCGAAUCUGCAGGGCACCUUUUUUACGAUGUACCUCUUGGUCGCAAAGUCCAACGCCAACGCUUUCAAGACUUCCAUAAAACAGCCCAAGCAGCGUAUCGUGCACAUGCCGGGUAUAGCAUCCGUGGAACUGUACAGGUUGCUGGUCGCCCGCGAGAUCCCUGCGUUGUUGCACAUAAUAGUUCCGCCUCUUUUUUCAGCGUCCGACCCGCUUCAGGUGAAAAUGGCAACCUUCGGUGCUCACGUGGGGCGCCUUAUAAUACAACUCAUUGCGUACGUGUACUGGAUAGAUGGAAACUUUCACAAGCGUAACAUGACGCAGAUGAAACAGUCCGAACUUCCAGCUUCGCUUUACAGCAGGUUCAACAACUACGCCAUGAAAGUGACCGAACAGCUCGACGAAGUGAACUUACGACCUGAAGAGAUCAUCUUCGUGGCCUACAAGUCUGUCGGCAUGAGAGUGGCCUACAGAGCCCUACAGAAGGCGGGAUUCACUCAAGGGUAUUCCCUGGGCGUUCCUGCCAAUCAACUUUUCUACAUCGUGUCAUGCUUUGUGAAUUGCCGAACCCCCGAUCCGGGUAUUUUGGAAACGAAGUCGUGCAACCUGUUUGUGCCGCAGCUUCCCGGCUUCGCGGAUUCGUUCAGUUGCUCACCUGGACAGCCCAUGUACAAUGAGAUGAGCUACCAAUUCUUUUGA